AUGCAAUCGAAUCGUAUAAACAUCGUAAAUACUAACUCGACAUCCGUUAGCAUACGAACUGAAAACGAAAAACCAACAUGGCAAGAGCUUGUCGAAGAAAAAGUAAAAAAGUACUCGUCCUUGGUAGGUGUAACAUGUCACAUAUAUUCGUCUUCCAUGAACAAUGUUGAUAAUGAGACGAAGAAAUGUCCUUGUGGUCGACUACCCAGACGUCACAGUUUUGAUGAUAAACCUCACACAGAACAUGCUGACAAAUCCACCGUCGAAGAUGACGAUUUUAUCGCUGUAACACCGCUCACGGUUUUUGGACAACUUGGACAGUUUGGCAAUGGUGCUCGAACAUCACGUAGAAUACACCAAGCUGUUUGGACGAAGAUUGGUGGAAAAAAUGUACCGAUAACUUUAGAUUGGAAUGAAGACGAUACACUUGAUAAAUAUCAUACUCAUUUUCUUCUACUGGAUAAUGGCCGUGUAGGAGAAUAUCUUGAUGAUCGUCCUCGCUCUGAUUUCGUCGAGGCUUUAUGCGAUAAAAGAAAAUGUCAAGCUGUUACAAUCAUUAUUGAAGGUGGCCCAAACACACUUGAAGUCAUUAAAAAGGAUUUGCUAAAGAAGCGACCAGUGAUUAUUAUUCAAGGUAGUGGUCGUUUAGCGAAUGCACUCAGUACAUUGAUCGAAGUUUUCAAUAAGAAGAAAGCACUUGAUGAUGAUGAAGUCAAACAUCAACUGACCGCAUUCCUUCCAGAAUUCGAAUCUGAAUUCAAUGAAGAUGAGCAAAACUUAUUUAUAUCCCGUAUAAAGGAAAUAUUGACAGCAGAAUAUCGUAAAUAUCUCCAUGUAUGCAAACUAGAACGUAAUACAAGUCUUACGGACAUGAUUCUCAAAGCUGUGGAUAGCGAUCAACUUGAUGAAACUCAACAAGCAGAUUUCUUAGAAUUAGCUGUUCGUUGGAAUUAUGUAGAUCGAACUCAAUCCAUUUCAAAACGGUCAGAAACAGAUGUAAGCCUCGAUCCUCGUUUGUUUCAACACGCACUUAUAGAAAAUCGACCAGUAUUUGUUGAUUAUUUUCUACGACGAUAUCAUAAUCCUCUUCAAACAACUAACUACGUAGAAGAGGGAAAUUCAACGAAGAAGGAUAGCACAUCCGCUGCAUCAUCAGUACAAAGAGAAGACGAUGCAGAUGUGAUCUUUAGAGAAAACGUCUCGCGCACUGCAUACGCUUUCGAAGUUAUUCUUAAUGAACUGUAUCCGUCCAUUGAAACGCGGCCUGCUGAUCGUUGGAUUAUUCCGAAAACAAUAGAACAACUUGAUGCUAAUUAUAAGGACAUUAUAGGACCGUACACAAAAUCACUCUAUUUUAAACAAGAUGCAGCUAGUCGAAUAUUAUCAACUCUACAGUCGUUAUGUCAUUGGAUUUCUUGCGGUGAAAAAGAUGAUAAACAAACGAAAUCUGGCAUUGAUCAGCUGCAGAAGUCCGUGAUUCAAUGUUCUAAUAAAUCUUUUGACAAACAAGACAUGUUGCGCGAACUUUUCGUAUGGAGUGUGUAUGCAGGUUAUCCGGAUAUUGCUUUUGUUCUUCUUCUACAAAUUGAAUCGCGAAUUGCUGCAGCACUGAUUGGAGUGCGUAUAGCACAACGUAUUUCAUUAUUUGCUAAUAGCUUGGAUCUACGCCACAAAUAUAGUCAACAAGCAAAAGAUUAUGAAGAAUAUGCAAAAGCAUGUAUUAUAGCGUGUUAUCAACAUAACGAACGAUUGGCUUGUCAACUUUUAGUACGCGAGAAUCCAUUAUUUGGAGACGUGACUUGUAUGCAACUAAUUAUUGCAUCUCGUAGUAAACCAGUUACAAACACGAACUGUUUUAUUGAAGCCCUUAAUAAGGAAUGGUUUGGGCAAAUGGUUGGUACGACAACUGAAACCGUAAGAUCAAAAUUCGAGUUUAUGAUUAGUCUAAUAACAUUUGGAUUAACCUCACCAUUUUUAAUGACAUAUCGUGAAGCAAAUACUGAUAACAACAAAUUGCAAGACCAUGUGAUCUAUGUAUGGUUUCUAUUAGUAUUUAGUUAUAUGAUGUUAUUCCAUAUGAGAUCUGAUGAAGAUCGAAGUGAUUGGACAAAAAUUUAUUUGAUUAUUACUGUUUCGACAAUGGUUAUAGAAGACUGUCGUCGACUGGUCGUUAAUUAUCAUACUCAAAUGAUGGAAACAUGGAACUGGUUAGAUUCAUGGUUCUUACCUUUAUAUGCAAUGCAAUAUAUUCUUUUUUAUAUCGGUAUAAUAUGUUACUACCAAUCAGAGAAUCAAGCUCAACUAUUUACAACUGCUAGAAUUAUUCUUGCCAUUGAUCUUGAACUUUGGUACCUUUUCUCAUUACGUUUUGUUAGUGCUAUAAAACUGUUAGGUCCGAAACUCGUCAUGAUUCGAAACAUGACACGCGACCUGGCGGCUUUUAUUUAUAUAAUUUUUGUGUGUAUUGCUGUUUAUGGCGUAGUAUCACGUGCUCUAGUUAUGUAUGAUACAUUGGAUUUUACUGCUAAAAGUAUUUUCACCGGUAUCUUCUAUCAACCUUACUGGUUAUUGUACUCCGAGGCCGAUGCUGAGCUAGGCAAUCUUGACGCCAUUAUCAAUGGAACUAAUUCAGAAAUGGCUGCAGAAGCAACUGUAAAUCAGGUUCUAUUGGCUUUUCAUAUGAUUUUGAUUAACAUUCUGAUUCUUAAUUUACUUAUUGCUGUUUUUAAUUUUACUAUCAAUGAUGUUCAAGAGAAGAACGAAUAUUUUUGGCGUUAUCAACGCUAUGAAUUAACUCGUGAUUAUUUUGAGAAACCAAUAUUAGUUCAUCCGCCUCUUUCACUCAUUGCUUAUGUUAUAUGGCUAUUACGAGAAUUCUUCCCUAGUGGCACAACUUUUCGAGUAUUCAAAUUUCUUCGUAAUACGUCUAAUAUGGAUUCUCAUUGGACUGAAUUUGAAAAUGCUGCAACUUAUGAACAUGCACGUAAUUUUGUCGAAAAAAAAUAUCGAGAAAAAGACGAAGUUAACAUGUCAACAUUACAAGCGCAAAUAAAUGCGUUGAAGGAUGAAAACGAACAAAUUCGACGUGAUACUAGUGAAAUAAAAAAUCGAGUGACGACUAGCACGAAUUGGAUAAUGAAAGCAAUGGCUCGUGUAAAGAUGUCACACGAUCCACUACCUAUCUUCGAACAUCAAACAAGUAGCGAUGCAUGA